AUGGAUGCUCCUCUUGCUGAGUCAUGGCUGGACGUGGAUGUGGAUUUGGGCUUCGCUCUUUUCUUCUUCUUCCUGCUCUGCGUGUUCCUGCUGGUCAGCAUUGUCCGCUGCUCCCAAAUUGUCCUCGAUCCCUACAGCGCCAUCUCGAUCUCCAUCUACCAAGAGGAGCAGGAUGCAUGA